AACUUUAAAUGCUUUGGUACCCAACUCAAUUUCACCUGUAAUCCAUCAAUCUCUCUCUUUCUCUAGAAUUCCCAAUUUAACACUCAUCAAUUUCAUAUGUGAACUCUUUUUAUGAUUUCUGUUCAGCAGAUUUUCAUUUCACUCUCUCUCUCACCUGCAUGCAUUUCUCAUUCUUCUCUCUCACCAGCUUUCAUGUGAUACUUUCCAACCAUCAAUGCCGGCUCUAAAAAUCAACAUCUUUGGCGGGUUUUAUUGAGUUUUGUCUCAUACGAACUUGACAAGUAAAGGUUGGUACAUUGAAUUUUCUAUGUAUGUUUCUUCGAACUUCUUGUUGGGUAGAUGAACAAACUCAGGCGGAGAUUACAAAGUUCAAACACUACUUUUUGAAAUUUUUUAUUGUAUUCUUUGUGUUCAAUGUACCCAAAGGCUAUCUAUUCAUCCUUUCCUGAAUUUGAGUUCACAACAAGAAAACUGAAAAUCUGAGAUUGGUGGGUCAGCAAAUCUGAGUGAAAAAUCAAAAAACAGAUUUGGUGUGGGUGAAAUUCUACCAAUAAAGAUUUUUAGUCUUUUGUCAUUAGAAGAUCUGGGAAGUGAAAAUUUGUGGUUUAGGGUAAGAAAUUAACAAGUGUGAGAUUGAGGGAACAAAACUCACAUCAAAAUUAGAGAUGGGUUGUCAUUAAAAUCUUAUAUAGUGAAGAAGAUUCCAAGAUUUGUGAGGUAGGGAGGUGCGAAACCCAUAUAAAAAAACAGAGGUGGCUUGUUUUCAAUCAGGCCAGCAUUGUGAAUUUGUGAGUUUGAGAGUUGCAAAAUCUAUACAAAAUCCAAGGUGGGUUGAUUUCAGAAAGUAUAGCAGUUGAGUGAAUUCUUACAUCUAGUAGAAAUCACAGCUUUAAAAUUACAAAAAUAGAUUUGGGUUUUAUUUGUUGGUGGCGAAUUGUUUUGAUCAACUGGUGCUGAUUUUAUUGAGAAGAAGAUGGUUGCGGGAAGUAUUGAGGCGGAACCCCAUAGUGCACUUGUAAAUGGGGUUCAAAACCAUAAUGGUUUGGAGGAGAAGCUUGAUGAACUUCGAAGAGUUCUUGGCAAAGCGGAUGGUGAUUUGUUAAGGAUUGUCGGUGUUGGGGCUGGUGCUUGGGGCAGUGUUUUUGCAGCUUUGCUUCAAGAUAGCUAUGGUCAAUUUCGAGAUAAAGUUCAAAUCAGAAUAUGGAGGAGGCCCGGGAGAGCUGUAGAUAAAGCCACAGCUGAACACCUCUUUGAAGUGAUCAAUUCAAGGGAAGAUGUACUCAGAAGGUUGAUUAGGCGUUGUGCAUAUUUGAAGUAUGUUGAAGCAAGAUUGGGUGACCGGACACUCUAUGCAGACGAGACAUUGAAAGAUGGGUUUUGUUUGAACAUGGUUGAUACGCCACUUUGUCCUAUGAAGGUUGUGACUAACUUGCAGGAGGCAGUUUGGGAUGCUGAUAUUGUUGUGAAUGGCUUGCCUUCUACUGAAACACGUGAGGUGUUUGAGGAGAUCAGUAAGUAUUGGAAAGAGAGAAUCACCGUUCCCAUUAUUAUCUCAUUGGCAAAGGGUAUAGAGGCUGCAUUGGAACCUGUUCCUCAUAUAAUUACGCCCACACAAAUGAUUAAGCGAGCAACUGGAGUUCCUAUAGAGAACAUACUUUAUCUCGGUGGACCAAAUAUUGCCUCAGAGAUUUACAACAAAGAAUAUGCGAAUGCCCGAAUUUGUGGCGCUGAGAAGUGGAGGAAACCGCUUGCACAAUUUUUGAGGCAACCCCAUUUCAUUGUAUGGGACAAUAGUGACCUUGUCACUCACGAAGUUAUGGGAGGAUUGAAGAAUGUAUAUGCCAUUGGUGCUGGAAUGGUAGCAGCUCUAACCAAUGAAAGUGCCACGAGCAAAUCAGUAUAUUUUGCACAUUGUACAUCCGAGAUGAUAUUUAUCACCCAUUUGUUGGCUGAAGAACCUGAGAAGCUUGCUGGGCCUUUGCUGGCUGACACUUAUGUAACCCUGUUGAAAGGUCGUAAUGCGUGGUAUGGUCAAAUGAUUGCUAAAGGGGAACUAAGCCUCGAUAUGGGUGAUAACAUUAGCGGCAAAGGGAUGAUCCAGGGAGUUUCUGCAGUAGGAGCAUUUUAUGAACUUCUGAGUCAGCCAAGUUUAAGCAUAAUGCAUCCAGGAGAAAACAAGGCUGUCGCUCUUGUUGAGCUCUGUCCCAUCCUCAAGACGCUCUAUAAAAUACUCAUAAACAGGGAGCAAAAACCACAAGCAAUUCUACAAGCAUUGAGGGAUGAAACAUUGAAUGAUCCGCGAGACCGCAUAGAGAUUGCACAAACCCAUGCUUUCUACAGGCCUUCCCUUCUUGGGCACCCUUGAGACUUUUACCAUUGCAAAAGAAAACAAACUGAAAGGGUAAUAAAGGAAUCAAUAUAUAUAUAUAUAUAUAUGCAGCAUGUAAAUUCACUUGUUGGAAGACUUGUAUGGUAUUUCGACCAACAGAAAACAUAUACAUACUGGCUUUGUAAUUGACAACUUUUUGUUGUCUCAAUUUACUUAAUUUUAGUUAAUUGAUUUUUUAAAUUUA